GGUGCAUCGAUCAAACGGAGCUAAUCGCUGAAUAAAGCCUGGAAGGAAAACACGCGGCGUCCAUUUUUUCCAGAUUCUCCCCCCAAGGCCCCAACUAGUCCCGCUGAUUUUAGAUGCAGUCACUGGAAAAUUUUUUCCAUACGGAGUCGACGGAGUGCUCAGCAUUUGGCUUCCACGAAAGCGGUGACGGUGAUGGGGCUGGAGAACCUUGGGGAACAUAUACUGGAGGCGAUCUUGUUGAAGCUUGGGCCUCGAGAGACGAUCGUGAUUGGCUGUGUCAGCUCCGGGCUCCGGGUAGUCGCCUCAGGAGAGAAUCUUUGGCGCAAUUUCUGUGUCUCUGACUUCGAUCUCUCAUCGCCUGAGGACCCCCAAGGAAGGCCUUGCCCUUCUUUUAAGGCUGCUUAUGAACAAUGGUUGAAAUCCUUUUUGAUGUAUCCACUGCCUUUAGUAAGGAGGGCUAAACAAUGCUGGUGUUCAAUUAGAAGUUGGAUGGCUGUUAAUUUUCCUGAAGCUAAUGAUACCUUGAGGAGGGGCGCUACGGAAGCUGAGAUAAAAAAGGCCGAAGAAAAGCUUGGGGCAAAGUUUCCUCUCUCAACAAGAAUUUUGUACCGUUUCUGUGAUGGUCAGGAUACAGAGGGGUUUGAUAGAUCGCAGUGCAGGCAUUUAGCUCCCCUGGGUAUUAUAGGGGGUUAUGAAUUUUAUAAUCACUUAGUUAAUGUGCACUUACUAUCUUUAUCCCAAAUUGUUAAAAAAACAAAAGAAUUUGUACAAAUGAUGGGGUUUAAAAGCAAAAAUAUUGUAGUGGCAAUGUCCAACUACCUGGACAAGCGGUUUCUUCUUAAUUUUAGCAGCGGUCAACUCUAUGUUGGGACUAGAGAUAUGUUAAGUGCAGGCGAAUUGAUGCUUUGUGUACCUUCGGAGCUACUUAAGCCAGAAUCUGAUGCCACAAACGGUUUACCACAGGGUGCGCUGAUGUUGUGGUUGGAGGAGCAUAGCAGACUCCUUCAUAAUGGUAUAAUUCAAACUCGAAUGCUCAGAAAAGCCCGAACAAUCAGUUUAUUUCCUGAAGCAGUGUCUGGUACUCCUAUGGUGAGAAGAUCAGAAGCAAUCAGCUUAUAUCCAAGUUCUCUUACUACAUAUUCAACUGCUGUAACUAAUGGUGUUCAGAUAAGAGCUUCUGCGGUUUUUGUGCCUGAACUAUCUAUUCUUAAUGGAGAGAGGAUGGAGUACUGUUAUUCCUACUCAAUCCGCAUGUCUCUAAUUCCUGAGGAAUGCUUUUUGAAUGGUGUAUACUAUUCUACUUGCCAACUUUCUUGCCGGCAUUGGAUCAUUAGGUCGAACGACAACAUCGUAGAUGAAGUAUCUGGAGAAGCCGUGAUAGGCUUGUAUCCUCAUUUGAGGCCAAAUCAAAAUGAGUUUGUGUAUGAAAGCUGCACUCCUCUGCCUUAUGCUUCUGGGUCUAUUGAAGGUUCUUUUACCUUUGUUCCUGGAAGUUUGGCUCAUCCGGAAGGCCCACCUUUUGAGGUUAAAGUAGCACCGUUCAAGCUUGAAGUCCCUGAAUACAUUUUCUGAUCAGAAUUUUCCAGUUUUUCACAUGAUGUUCUUGGUAUGCAUUUUAUGCAAUGUCACAGACAUUUUGUUAUCUUACAACUCUGUUAAGGAGUGCUGGCAAUGUCAAAUAGUUUAUAUUAACUGCUGUUUGAUGUGUGUGUUUUAUGUUCACGAGUCGAUUAACAUUAUAUUGGGUUUAUAUGAGUCUCA